CCCGCCCCUCCCUCUGCUGCCGCUACUGGGAAGCGGAAAGAAAGGGGCGCAUCUGGGCCGCCACGGGGUCCGAAUCCACUUUUGCUGCGCACAGCUGCUCCCUCCAGGCCUUGACGCAGCGCGGGCCGCUUCCUGUUGGUCUUCUCGCUACCCGGCGUUUUCGCAGUCCCGGACCCCCUCUUCGUCGGAGCACCAAGAAAGGUGUGCUCACCUAUAUCCGUUUCCACGAUUAGACGCUGACAGGCAGCACCUUGGAAGGCAGCGCGGCCUCGGAUUCACAUCCUUUCAAUUUUUCCUUGGGCUUGCCUGCCCUAUUCCGUAAGAAGACCUAGGAUGCCCGUGGUGACGCACCGACUGAGAGAUCCUGACAUAAAUCCUUGUUUGUUGGAAUCUGAUGCUUCUAGCAGAUGUAUGAAUGAAAAUAACUAUGAUAAGGAAAGAUGUUCCAGUUACUUCUUGAAGUACAAAAACUGCCGGAGAUUUUGGAAUUCCAUCAUGAUCCAAAGAAGACAGAAUGGAGUGACACCAUCUAUGCCCACAGCAGCAGAAAGAGAUGAAAUCAUGGGAGCAAUGGGGAAAAUGCCUUAUUGAAUGUUUACCCUAAAAUUAUUUAUGUGAACUAGAAGCAGAUAAUUUUUWAAAAAUGUACAAUUACUAUAAUCUUUUAAAACUUGACUGGCCUUACCCAGACAGAUCUGAAGAUUUACAAGGAGAGACAGAAUUCAGUUAGUUUUGUGUCCUCUGUGUUUGUUCUCAGUGCCAUGAUAAUAUGUCACUGCUGCGCUGCACUUCCAGGAAAUAAGGAGGGUUAGGGAAGAUUAUUGGAGUUGAGCUUCUCUGCUGGGUUUCACAUGAAAGUUUAGAUGUGAACAAGCAAACACUUAAUGGGGCUGGGAGUUAGGUAGUAUUUCCAAAGAAAAGAAAUGAUAGGAAGAACAACAUGGUAGAAGGAAAGCUUCUGUUUCACUUAGAGUUUGAAAUGUGUAAAGGUGAGGGGGAUGAGUGGAAAGGUGGGUUGGGGUAGGUGUGUGGUGGUUCUCAAACCUCAGGCUUACCCCUAAAAUCUCUUUUCUUCCUUCCUUCACUCAUCUUUGUUUAAAUAAGGUUAGUACAUUCACUAGGGGGGAAAUGGGUGUAGGAAAACUGUUCUAAAUAAAUGGCAUGAAAAAGAA